AUGGUAGCUUACAUUUAUGCUCUCUUUUGUCAAGCUUCAUCUAAAGAAGUAUAUUUCUCACAUGAGAAUGGAGUUGUUCAUUCAAAAGGUGAAAAGAAACGUGAGGAAAAAAGGAAGAAGAAAAAGGAGAAGGUUGCAUCUGAAGUGCCUGGCUCACACGAAGAUGGCAUUGUUCAAUCAAGAGGUCAUAAGCAAUACAAGGAGGAAGAAAGGAAGAAGAAAAAGGAGAACGAUUCAUUUGAAGCAGUACAUUUCUCGCAUGAGGAUGGCAUUGAUCAGUCGGUAGGUGAUAAGAAGCACAAGGUGGAAGAAAGGAAGAAGAAAAAGGGGAAGGCGGCAAAUGAAGCACCUCGCUUACAUGAGGAUGGUCUUGUUCAAGUGGAAGGUGAAAAGCAACAUAAGGCAAACAAAAGAAAGAAGAAAAAGGACAAGGUCAAGCCGAGCAGUUUAACUGUCAACCAUCAUGAUGGGAGCCCAACAGACAAAUGGUUCAAAACAUAUCAGGAAGACGAAACCAUUUCAGCAGAAGCCUUCCCAUGUUCCAUUGGACCAUCGAUGAGGGACAUAUCAAAGUUAUAA